AUGCCAAUCACAGGGGUCUAUUUCAUCCCCUCUAACCCUAAUGCCUCAACAGCCCUCCCCCAAAUAACAGAACGUCUACGAACCGCCUUCCCAGACGAAGAACUAUCCCCAAUCGGGCGCUGGGGAUUAGAACAAAAGCUGCUUCGCGACACACCAGGCCUAAUCCCACCCCAAAACACCAAACCUUCCAUCCCACGGUACAUGCAAUUUCUUUCCUUAACCCACUACCCCAACCAUGGCUUCAUCUACACCUCCGAGCCAGAUAAGGAACCUCCAUCAGACCAGCCGCUGCCAAUGGUGAUGACGACUGUCCCGCCCGCAGCGCACGCUACGCUCUUUCAGCACUUCACGUUCGCCUGCCAGCCAUUCUGGACGCAUCGGCUGACGUUCGCUGUGUCGAACGGGACGGUCUACGAUGUGGGCGAUUUCCGCGUGCGAUUGGGAGAUGUGCGGCAGACGUUCCCGACUGCGAGGGUGCGUGGUACUGUUGUUGAGAUUGAGUGGAGGGGGCCUUCGAUUGUUGAAGGGGAGUUUGUGGGGAUUCGGGAGGAGGAUGUUGAUGCGGAGUAUGCUGCGACGGCGGAGCUGAUUAGGGAGUUUUGGGGGAGAUUGGGGAUGCAGGGUCGAGAGGCGAUUCUGGUCCCUGGUGUUGGGGGCGAGAUUAAAGAGAGGUUAAAGGGGAAAGGCGAAGAGGACUCUGCGGGGAGUGCGGGGACGGACGUUGCGCGGCAGUUCAUGGAGGUUUUGAGGUUCAAUCGGUAG